GAGCAAGAGAUUCCACUUGAGAUCAGGGUGGGAGACAGACCCUUGUUCAUUCUCCAUGAGGAGCAGCCAUUAUCAACAGAACAUUGACGGAACCUCGUUUGGGAAAAGGACUGAUGGCUCUGAGUCUAGGUUGGAAAGCACCCAGGAGCUGCUGUGGGCUCCUCCUGCAGACUGUGCGAAGCAGUGGUCUUCUUUUGUUUCCUUGUGGCUGGUGUCCCUGGAGAGGAGCUGGAAGCUUUUUGGACCCUGAAAAAAAGGCUUUCCUGGAGGAGAACACUGAAGUCACCAGCAGUGGCAGCCUCACCCCUGAAAUCCAGUUGCGGCUUUUGACCCCCAGAUGCAAAUUCUGGUGGGAGAGAGCUGACCUGUGGCCCCACAGUGAUCCUUACUGGGCAGUCUACUGGCCAGGAGGCCAAGCCCUGUCUAGGUAUCUUUUGGAUAAUCCUGAUAUUGUCAGAGGAAAAUCUGUAUUAGAUCUUGGGAGUGGAUGUGGAGCUACAGCUAUUGCUGCGAAGAUGAGUGGGGCAUCAAGGAUCUUGGCCAAUGACAUAGACCCUAUUGCAGGAAUGGCUAUUACACUAAAUUGUGAAUUGAACCAACUGAAUCCUUUUCCUAUUUUAAUCCAAAACAUUUUGAAUUUGGAACAAGAUAAGUGGGACCUCAUUGUUCUUGGCGAUAUGUUUUAUGAUGAAAACCUUGCAGAUAGUCUUCAUCAGUGGCUGAAGAAUUGCUUCUGGACCUAUGGAACUCGAAUACUGAUUGGUGACCCUGGGCGGCCCCAAUUCAGUGGACACAGCAUUCAGCACCACCUGCACAAAGUGGUAGAAUAUUCACUUCCCGAGCCUACGAGGCAGGAAAACAAUGGACUGACAACAAGCACAGUGUGGGAUUUUCAGCCUUGAGUUGUCGAAGUGCUCCCAAGUAUGAAUAUAGUAAUGUUUGGAUUUGACCUAAAAGUUUUCUCUAUAGGAGAUACUCUCCAGUUUAAUGAAUGUAAUUCUUGUUAAAUGGCAAA